AUGAUUUGUGUACAAUACUCGUCUCCAUAUUUGUCUUCAACAGCUACUCAAGAAAUUCUUGAUCAAUUUCGUUCACAAUUAUGUUUUACCGAUUGGUUUUUUAUUGAUACAUUUCAAAUAUUUCGUAUUUUCUUACCUGUUAAUUUACCACCAAUAUUACACAAACGAGGAUUCAAAUUAUGGUUAAAUGAAUUUUUUGAUAUUUGGGAAAAUGUUUAUAAUCGAUCAUUAUGGGAAACAUAUAUGAUUUGUAUAUUUUCAUCAGUUGCUUGGAAUAAUAUUGGUUAUAUUGAUUGGGAACCUUGGUUAUCAAAAAUAUUUACUCGUACAUUACAUGGUUUUUCUCUUCCUAUUAGUAAAAUAAAAACAUCUUCAAUAACAUCCGGCUAUAUAAUAUCAUACAUAGCUAAAUGGAUUAUUGCUAUAAAAAAUUUUUAUCAUCCAUCAGAUACAGAAGAUUUUCAAGAAAAACUUGUUGAAUUUCUUGUAAAACUUGCUGAAUAUUUUGUUGAUCGAGUUCAUUUAGAAAAUCAAGUUGAUUCUUUAUGGUUUAUUUCAUUGCAUAAAUCAUCUCGACUUACAGAAGAAAAUAUUAUUGAUUUUGUUAAUUGUAUAAAAGAAUAUGUAUUUAUUUCAAUUUUUAAUAAAAAUUAUGGUAAAAAAGCAGCUGAAGCUUGUCGAUAUCUUUCUAUACUUCGACCAGAAUUAAUUGUACCAAUAAUUAUUGAAAAACAUUUUUCAUCUAUUGAUAAUAUAACUGAACCACAUCGUUUUAUAUCAAUUAUGAAUUGUUUAACAUGUUUAUCUCGUUCAAUAGUACAACAAACAUUAAUUUAUUCUCAAGGACAAAUAUAUGUAAUAUCAUUACUUAUGAGUGUAUUACCGGGAAUUGAUUUAAAUGAAACAUCAAUAAUAUUAGAUUUUCUUAAUUCUAUAUUUAAACUUAUCAUAUGUAGUGAUUGUUCAUUAGCAAUAGAAAUUCGAAAUGAUCUAACAGAUAUUGAAAUAUUAUCAACUGAUAUAUCAAAUGAUAAUGAUAUCGAAUAUAUUAGCAUUCAAUCAAAACUUAUAUCAAUUAUUUCUAAUAUUGUUCAACAACGUAGUAAGGAAAUUUUUCAAAUAAUUCGAGAGAAAAUAAUAGAUUUUGUUUCAUGUCCAUUUUUAUCGGUAAAAGCAAGAAAAUUAGUUUGUGGACUUGUUCUAUCUAUUGUUAAAUGUAAUCCAGAUGAAAUAAUUAAAUAUCUUUUACCUAAAACAUAUAAUUCAAUUGAAAAACUAAUGAAUACAUUCGAAUCAAAUGUAUUAUUAACUGAUCAUAAAGGUGAUAUUGAACUUAUUUGGUAUUUAAUUCUUUUCUCGGAACUUCUUCAUGCUCGUGGUAGUAUUUUAUUUAUUUAUAAACAAAUGAUUAUGUGUAUUUUUCAUCGAUAUAUAUCUAUUAUUAAUAAAGAUGCAUAUCAAACAAUAGCUAAUGCUGCUAAUCAUUUACUUAAAUCCUUUCUCACAUUUAUAUAA